AUCUUUUGCUACAGAAACCAGAAUUACCUAUUAUAGAAAGAUGAGAAUGAGCAACAGUAGAAAAUUGUUGAGAAAGCAAAGUCAUGGUAGAUAUUUUUCUAAGAGCAUCACCUAAGCUACUUCACUGUACUUCUUCUUAUCCUCUCAUUCAUCAUAGACAAUGCAGGGGAGUGUCAAGAAAAACACAGUUGAAGUGCUCACUUGAUCUUCCUAGUAAGGUUUUGACCAAGCAUGUUUUAUCUGGCCUUGCUGCUUCCUUGCUAUUUAUUUCUCCAGCAAAUCAGUCUAUAGCAGCAGAUAUAUAUUCUCAACAACAAAACAUAUGCCAGCUUGCUACUGCCAGUGAAAAUGCAGUUAGUUCGCCAUUUGAGAACGAGUCCAAUGAAAAUAGUGAAAAUCUUAUGAUGAUGAGAGGUAUGACAGCCAAGAAUUUUGACCCUAUCAGAUAUUCAGGAAGAUGGUUUGAAGUUGCUUCACUCAAACGCGGUUUUGCUGGAGCAGGCCAAGAAGACUGUCAUUGCACUCAGGGUGUGUAUACAUUUGAUAGGGAAAAACCAGCUAUCCAAGUUGAUACGUUUUGUGUUCAUGGGGGCCCUAAUGGGUAUAUAACUGGCAUUAGGGGAAGGGUUCAAUGUCUUUCACAAGAAGAUUUGGUGAAUAAUGAGACACAACUUGAGACGCAGGAGAUGAUAAAAGGAAAAUGCUUUCUCCGCUUUCCAACAUUGCCGUUCAUUCCCAAGGAGCCUUAUGAUGUGAUUGCUACUGAUUAUGACAAUUAUGCUCUUGUUUCUGGAGCUAAGGACACAAGUUUUGUUCAGAUAUACUCAAGGACACCUAACCCUGGACCUGAAUUUAUAGAGAAAUACAAAACUUACCUUUCAGAUUAUGGCUAUAAUCCAAGCGAAAUUAAAGACACACCUCAAGAUUGUGAAGUAAUGUCCAAUAGUAAACUGGAAGCUAUGAUGUCCAUGUCAGGGAUGCAGCAGGCACUAACAAACCAAUUUCCUGACCUUGAACUGAAGGGCUCUGUUGCAUUUGAUCCACUAACAAGUGUAUUUGGAACUCUGAAGAAGCUUGUUGAGCUUUAUUUUAAGUAGUAACUAUUAACUCCAACUCAAUUAAGUUUCAUAAUGGUUUGUGUUAAAAUACAGUGAGAAUGCAAUCUGAAGUAUUGUGAUUGCAAAAUUAUUACCAAUUGUUGCAAAUGAAACCUCGAAUGAUUGUGUUUUGGUAGUAUCAUGUCUUGCUAAAUUUUGUGUUAAGGAGGUCAUGAAACCUUGAUUAACUUGAGAGUAUUAAAUUAAA